AUGGGGUCAUCAAAGCUGGAAGUACUAUCUUUUUCCAUCUUGAGUAUGCUACUGUGGAUCAACACAGCAUCUGCAUUGAUCGAAGAUGCCUAUCCUCCAUCUCGCAUCUUUCCUUGGUUACUCAAUUCGCGAACACCGAACAGCCCCCUCCUCAAGGCAGACAGUAAUGGAGUUUGCUACAGUUAUGCUGUCCAGGCAACGGAUACUUGCCAAAGUAUUGCCCAUACCUAUGAUAUUACUGUGUCUGACAUUAAGUCCUGGAACAGCCAGACAUAUGGCUGGAAGGGCUGCAAUCACAUGCAACAGGGCGAUCUUAUAUGUCUUAGUACAGGAUCUCCUCCAAUGCCAGUAGCACUUCCAAGCGCUACCUGUGGUCCUCAGGUACCUGGAACAGCACGACCAAGCAACUACGCUGAUCUGGCUUUCUUGACUCCCUGUCCAUCGGAUGAUUGUUGCCUUUCAGCCGGUACAUGCUCGACUAGCUCGGAUGUCUGCUCUUCGAGCGAUUGCAUCUCAAAUUGUAGAUCAAAAGUGACAACCCAAACCACAAUGAAGAAAGCCACCAAAACUUCAACCAAAGACAGUGCGAAAACCAAGACCACAGCCGAAGAUGAAACCACUACUACGAAAGCAGAACACACAAUGACCAAAGCGGAGCCUGCUUCAGUCACAAAGGCUUCCACAACUAUAGCCUCAGACGAGCCCAACAAAUGGACUCUCACAGCCUACACCGGCAAUAAAUGCGGCGGUGACUACGAUCUCAUUGAAUUACACGGCGCAGAAACCUCGAAAUGCUUCAAUAUCAGAGAGCUCGGCACUCAGGUUGAAGGAACCGGCGCUUCUUGCAGGUAUUUCACCAACGGCGGCUUCAGCCAGGCUAGCUGUGUCUCCAGCCCAACCGACAUGGUCUUUUGGUCGUUCAUCGUGACAGGCGGCACUUGCACUAUUCAUAACGAGAAGGACUGUGAAAAUUCGAAGGGUAUCAAUUUUGAACUUCAGACGACCAAUGGUUGCAAGAAGGAAGAUGUGUACCACCCGAAUUGGGGCGUUGUUUGGGCCUCUUUGAAAUGCUCUACGAGCUGA